AUGUCCUCUGAGCUCAACUCAGGUCCUCUCCCGGCGGACGUCGAGGGGGUUAUUGCAACCAUCAUGCGAGAGGAGGGUGUCAGCUUUCUUACGAGCAAGAUUUUGCGUCUGCGCCUGGAGGCGAAAUACCGGAUUGAGUUUACCUCGCAUAAGACUGCUGUGGAGAGCAUCGUUACGAGGCUCAUGCAGCUCCCCGAGUUCAAGAAGCAGCUAGAGAACGCGGUGAGGGAGGAGAGGGCAGCGAACAGCAUUGGCGGAAAAGGGAGGAAACGCGGCGCCAGCGCUAAGGCGGACGAGAGGGAUACGAAAAAGAGCAAGAAGGAGAAGAAGCCGGACGGCUACCCAAAGGCCGCGCUCUCACCGUACAUUCUUUUCGGGAAUGAUCACCGUGACAAGAUUAAGGCGGAGAACCCGGAGAUGAAAAACACGGAGAUCCUGCAAAGGUUGGGCAAACUGUGGGCAGAGGCCUCGGAGGCCCUUAAAGCAAAGUACAAGAAGCUCGCUGAGGACGACAAGGAACGCUUUAAACGGGAACUCGGCGAGUACCAAAAGAGCGGUGGCGAGGAGUACAAGCGCGGUGGCGGAAAGGCAAAGGCGAAGGAUAAAAACGCGCCAAAGCGGUCUCUGUCCGCCUACUUUUUUUUUGCGAGCGAUUUCCGAAAAAAGAAUCCAGAGUUGAGCGUCACGGAGGCUUCCAAGGCGGCCGGCGCUGCAUGGAAGGAGCUCUCCGAUGAAAUGAGAAAGCCAUACGAGGCCAUGGCAGAUAAGGACAAGGAACGCUACCAGCGCGAGAUGGCGGCAAGGGCCACGUAG